UCACUUGUGUCUGUGUGCGGAUCAGACGGAGCACAUCACCCCGUCACUGAGCGGAGCUGCAGUUAUGGCCCAGGUAAAGGUAUCAAGCGAUGCAGUGAGGAGCCACCAGGACUGCACAGAGGUUUACUCUGAUAUGGCUACUGUCAGCUCCAGUGCAGAUAUAGGAGAGUCGGCGAGGAAGGGGUCAUUGUGCGAGACCUCCAUGGCUGCUGGUCUCGGCCGGCGGAGCAGGGCCUACCCCACCCCAGCCAGGAGACGCCAUCGCACCACCUUCAGCCACAAGCAGCUGGAACAGCUGGAAGUGGCCUUUGGACAAAACCAGUAUCCUGACAUCUACUACAGAGAGGAGCUGGCUCGCAUCACCAAACUCAACGAGGCUCGCAUACAGGUGUGGUUUCAAAACAGAAGAGCCAAACAGCGGAAGCAGGAGCGGGCCUCGCAGAAGGUUCUCCCCGUGGGUGUGAUGCCGGGCCACAGGGCCCUGCUGGGAGGCAUGCACGUCCAGCCGUCCGGCGUGGCUCGACAGUACUACACCCAGCCCCUGGCUCACAUCCCCCGCCUCUCCCCCAUGUACUCCCGCCACCCGGGCCCGGUCAGCCAGUGCCCCUACCCCAGUGUCCCCCCACAGCCUGCCUCCCAGCGCCAGCAUGAUGAAUGGUACGGCCCUCUGAGGGGCAACCUCACCUCACCCAUGUUCUCAUUGGCCUCCAUGCAGCCUCUGGACCCCACCUCCCACUGGAGCUAAGGUGUAAACAGGGAAACAUGUUGUAUAUUACAAAAUAAAAUACAUUGAAGCCUUUUCUUUUAAUCUACAGCUUGUUACACAAAUUCACGAGUCCGUUGGUUUUUUAUUUUAUUUUCCAAGCUAGUCUAUAGAUUCAAAUUUGCAACUUUCUAAUCACAAGUGUGCUUCUGUAGACUAUGGGUUACCACUGCAACAACUCAUUUUCAUAUCCUGCAAUCACCUCAAAUGUGUAGUGCAUGUCAGAUAUCUCUUUUUACAUGUAUUAAAAUAUUUUUUAAAUUGUG